UUUUUUUUUUUUACUAGCUUCUUUUACUUAUUUAAUUAAUAUGGGAUUCUGUAUUUAUUGUAAUCAAAAAGUAUAUAGUAGCACGACUUGUCCAAAAUGUUAUCGAACUAUUUCAAUGGACAAGUCGUCUACAAAUAAUUCAACUACGUCAAAAAUUAAUUCGGUAUUUCUUAAUCAAAAAAGAUUAAAUCAAAUGACUGAUAAAUGGCAAGAUACUUAUGGUAAAAAAGCCAUUUUUAAUACAGAGUUAGACUCUUCUGUUAGUCCUCUUAAAACUAGGCAGCAUCGUACUAUUCCACAAUUUAACACUGUGGAAUCAUCGAAAACAAAGAGCAAAGAUGAUAAUAUGAAAAGCUGUGCUAUCUGUCAAAGAAAACAAAACUCUUGGACAGAUUUGAACAAUUUCUCUAUUCAUAAUUCAGUUUUUUAUUGUAAACCAUGUUUAGCAAAGAAGUUAGCAUGUCCUGGAUGUGAAAAGGCUGUAAACCGUACUGAUAUUCAAACAUUCUUUAAUCAACAAAUGUGGCAUACUUCUUGCUUUAAAUGUCAUCAUUGUAAUACUCCCUUAAAAACUAUGUUAGCCUCUGUAGAUGCAGAUGGAAAGCCUUGUUGUCGUACAUGUCACUUGAAGAAUAACUCAACAACUCCUGUGCCCGGUACGCCUAGUUUAUCGACACCUACUUUAAAAUCAUCUCAUUCAACCAUGACAUCAAAAGAUGAUAAUCCUUAUUUUAAAUAUCAAAGAACAAGAACAUCUUCUAUGCUUAGUCCUUCAACUACUUUAUCUCAGAAAGACUUGGAAUCUUUCAAGGAUGUUAAUGAUAAAGCCUCGAGUCCUAAAUUAGAAACUUCUGCUAAUAAAAUAAUAGCAGUAGAAGAUAAAAAGGAGGAGUCUAGUUCUAAAAAACCAAAGGAAGUUAAACGUCGUAAAAAAGUUCCAAAGAGAAUUUGUAAAGAAUGUGGCCAGCAUGUGUCUAAAAGAGAUUACCGUGGUCUUAGGGUCCAAACUGGUGAAGUCUUUUGCUUCCAUUCUUAUUGUCUCCAUUGUGCCAAAUGUAAUGAACAGUUUAAUACCUUAGAGUUUUGUACAGAUGGUGAAAAAUUUUAUCAUGUUGAGUGCCCGGAUAAGAGUGAUAGUAAAUCAUUAUCAUCUACACCCAUCUCAAGAAGACAAAGUAACACCUUAAGUGAAGAAGACGAAGCUUUCCCACCUACACCACCACCACAUACAACUUACUUUGAUAUACCAUCUAUAAAUCCAAUUUCUUUAUCUUUCCCUGAUUCUGAAGACUUGAUAAAUAAGAAAAAAUAUAGUGAAAUGGAUCAACCUUCAACUACAAUACUAUGUAGUACAUGCUCAAAGCCUGUUACUGAUACUUGUUUAGAACUUGCAAAUCAAUUCUACCAUAAAGAGUGUCUUUUAUGUGCUGGUUGUAACCAAACAGUACCAACAGAUCGUAAACUUGUCAAAUAUCAAGAUAAGCUUUAUUGUGAUUCAUGUACACAAAAAACGAAAAAGAAAGCAGCUACUAGUGAUCUUUUAUUAACAAAAAGAACAUCUACUAUCACAUCACCAUCAGAUAUCUUUAAAUCAAGAAAGAAAGUCUUGCCUCGGUUGGGUGGUGUUCGUACUUGUGCUCGAUGUAAUGAAAGUAUGCCAUUUUCAGAUACUCAGCCAGGCCCUAAUGCAAGUCGUUGGCACAAAAAAUGCUUACGUUGUGCAACUUGUAAUAAGCAGAUGGAUUCAGAUGCUCAUAUGACCGUAAAUGAAGAAACUGGCUUGUGUUUAGUCCAUUGUCGGGACUGUCUUGAUGACACUCCAAAGCCUCGAUUUGUUCGUUAAUAACCAUUUACCACAACACACAUACACACAUACAUAUAUAUAUAU